GUCUGCGUGAGGGCGAGUAGCCGGCCGCGGCGCGGGCGGCGGGAGGGCGCGCAGGCACCGGCACCGCCCGCUCCCCAUGCACGGCCCGCCGCGCGGGGCUUUUCGCCGCUGACGGCGGAUUCCCGCUGCCCGCUCCGUAGUCCUUCCCCGGCGCUCCGGACCUCUGCCUGGCCCCUAAGAUGGCGAGUGGGAUGAAUGGCCCGGGCGGCGGCGGCGGCGCGGCGGCCGGGGGCGGCGAGGAGGAGCCGGGCGCCCGCCACACGGGAGGUGGAGCCGCGUCUCAGCAGGAGCCCGGCGUCCCCGGCGCGGCGGCGGGCGAGGGGGAGCCGGCGGCGGGCGACGGCGGCCGCUGCCCGUCCCCUCAGCCCCACCACCUGCUGCUGCUGCUGCGGCGCUCGCCCAGCGCCUCGCUCGGCCCGGCGCCGGAGGCCGCCGCGGGCCGCGCAGUCCCCGCGCCGGGCCGCGGCGGGCAGCCCCCCCCGGCGUGCCGCGGCCCCCCCCUGCCCGCGGCCGGCGAGGACGUGCGGAAGUGCGGAUACCUGCGGAAGCAAAAGCACGGGCACAAGCGCUACUUCGUCCUGCGGACCGAGAGCCACCUGGCCCCCGCCCGGCUAGAGUACUAUGACAGCGAGAAGAAGUUCAAGAGCAGCGUGCGGGCGGCAGGGGGCGGCGGGGCAGCCGCUCUCUGCUGCCCCCCGCCCAAGCGGGUCAUCCCCCUUUACCAGUGCUUCACCGUCAGCCGGCGAGCAGAUGCCAAGCACAAGCACAUCAUAGCCCUGUACACCAAGGACGAGUACUUUGCCAUGCUGGCAGAGAAUGAGGCGGAGCAAGAGGCUUGGUACCAGGCGAUCAGUGAACUCAUGAGCCAGACCAAGAGGGGCUUCCUGGAGCAGGAAGACCAUGCUGAUCAGCAGGUGGAUGAGGAUGACGAGCACUAUGGGGCCACUCUGAGGCCUGGCACUGUCUUCAAGGAGGUGUGGCAGGUCAACGUUAAGCCCAAAGGGUUGGGACAAACCAAAAAUCUCACUGGAGUGUAUAGGUUGUGCCUCUCCAGCAAGGCCAUCCACCUUGUCAAGCUGAACUCCGAAGUUCCCUCCGUCCACUUGCAGCUGAUGAACAUUCGCCGCUGCGGGCACUCGGAGAACUUCUUCUUCAUUGAGGUGGGCAGAUCGGCCUCUAUUGGGCCCGGAGAGCUCUGGAUGCAAGUGGAUGAUUCGGUGGUUGCCCAGAAUAUGCACGAGACUUUUCUAGAGACCAUGAAAGCUCUAAAGGCCUUUGCAGAGUUCCGGCCCCGGAGCAAGAGCCAGUCUUCUGGUGGUGGCAGCGGUACCAAUCCCAUCUCCUUCAUCACCACCAGGAGGCACUUGGGCAACCUGCCCCCCAGCCAGACAGGCUUGCAGAGAAGAUCCAGAACAGAGAGUGUUGCUGGAGGGACUCCUCCGACCACCAAAAGCAGCAACUCCUAUCGCUUCAGAACAUCCAGCGAAGGAGAAGGAACCAUGACUAGGCCUUUUAGGUCAGUGACGGGGAGUCUGAUCCACCUGAAUACCGCGAGGAUGAAUUUGGGCCGGCAAGAAGGGAGUGGGAGGUACGUCAGAGCUGCUUUCAGCUCAUCUUAUCACACCAGGUCUGCUUCACUGCCUGUUUCUCAUUUUCCCUCCACUACAAGCCCCAUCAGCGUUUCUUCCAGUAGUGGCCACGGGUCUGCUUCAGACAUGUUGACCAGGCCUUCCAGCUCAUCUGUUUGUGGUUCCCCAAGCGAUGGGGGAUUUAUCUCUUCUGAUGAAUAUGGUUCCAGCCCUGGAGAUUUCAGGUACUUUCGGGUCAGAAGCAAUACACCAGAUUCCCUGGGGAACACACCGCCUAUCAGAGAGGAGAACUGUUUGAGUGAGUACAUGUCCAUGAGUAAGCAACAGACAGAUGAGGGCGUAAGAGAGGAUUAUAUGGAGGCUGAGAAGUGUUUCAGGAAAAGAACUUACUCUCUAACAAAACCGAAUUCUGUAGCAGUGCAGCAGAAGACAACGCAAACUACUGCUUUGCUAGAUGAAGAUAAUGCAGGAAACCAUGGACGAUUCCUUUACUCUGAGACACCAAAAUUGAAAGAUAACCAUGAGUCGGAGUACAAUGACACUAACCUUGACUCCAUAUGUAACCAAAGUAGAAGUAAAGCUCGAGAUGAUGGAUACAUGCCAAUGAUGCCAGGAGUUGCAUCUUCUUUAUCCAGCAACAGCGAUUAUUUGCCAAUGACUCCUAAAAGUAUGUCUGUUCCAAAACAGAUUAACAAUUCGUGGUCACCGUCUCAGGUCGACUCGAGAGGAUAUAUGAUGAUGUUUCCAAAGGCCAGCUCUUCACCCGUGCGCAGUCCUUUAACUGGAUUUGUUUCUAAAGGAAGUAACGAGAAGAUGGUGAACAAUGAGUAUAUGGAUAUGUCACCUGGUAGUUCGGCUCCAAAGCCCCCCAGUGAUUCAAAUUAUAUUCAUGCCAAUUCUGUUUCCAAAGGUUUUAGUUCAUAUUUUUCGUUGCCCCGAAGCUUUAAGACGCUAUCAGGACAGAACGAUGACCACAGUGAGUAUGUUCCAAUGUCUUCACCUGGAAAGCUCUUAUAUGGACCAGAAAAUGUAAAAGGAGUCAACAGUGAGGCUCUGGCUAAUGGCAUCUCCAAGCUGCCGGUGGUGAAAGGCUCGGACGAAGGACUUGUGCAGAACAGGGCUCCUAGGCCCACGAGGCUGCCCCUCGGUACAAGAGGGAGCAAUACCAUCCCCAGAAUGUACGACCGUACGGUUCCACUUGAGCCAGCGAGUCCCGGGGAAUACAUCAACAUUGAUUUUAACGAGAAGGCGAGUAAUACACCAUACUCCUUGUCUGCAGAGGGGUCGCCGUCGUCUCUGGGCUCCAGUAGCGACCACAGACAGUCCCCACUUUCUGACUACAUGAGCGUUGACUUGGAUGUGCAGUCGCCGAAAGCCACGAAGGAGCUGUCCAACUCCCUGACAGAUAUUUCAAUUUAUGCAAGUUCUGGCAUUCCUCAAAACCAACCGAAUCCCGACUAUGCCAGGCUCGCCUUUGGCACCGCCUGCGUCAGCGCCCCCGGGAGCAGGACUGAUGACUACACGGAGAUGACCUUCAACAUGGCGGCGACACCGCCGCCGCCGUUCGCUGCCGAGUCGGAUGCUGGCGUGAAGAUGGACAGCCCUUCUUCCAUAGUGAACAGACUCUGCAUUGUUGAUCAAUAUACUGGUAGCAGUAGCUUCUCCGUUCCUAACUCCGAACCUCCUAUGGGACCGAAAGUGAUUCGAGCCGAUCCUCAAGGCAGGAGGAGGCACAGUUCUGAAACCUUCUCUUCCGCUGGGACUGUGACCACCUCCUCCUCUUUCUUUACUGAUAGUAGCAAAAGACACAGCUCUGCCUCAUUCGACAAUGUUUGGUUGAAACCGGAUGAAAACAUUUCUGAUGGUCAGGAAAGCAAGAUGUCCAGAGAUACCUCAACCGGGUUUCAGAAUGGCUUAAACUACAUCGCUCUGAAUUUACGGGAUGAUCCCAUAAGCUGUGAGGCAAAUACCACAGUGCCAGGUUGCCAUCUCCAGAACGGUACUUCAGGUUUGGACAGUGGAGCGUACGUAAGCAUAGAUUUCAGCAGAUCCGAUGGGCUCAAGUGUAACGCGCCGAGGAAAGACUGACUGCAUUGCCAUGGAAACCAUUGUUGGAAGAGAAGACUUCUGCUGGUAACUCCAGAAACUGUGUGGUGCUUUUGGAAGCAAAGCUCAGCUCCAGCCGGCUACUUUCAUUUCCACCAGCACAGACAUGGACACACACAUCCUUUUAAUUGAUUUUUUGUUUUCAUAAACAUCAGCUCUCUACAGUUGAAUUAAUUUGAAUUGAGAUUGUUUUUCAUAGCUGUGCUUUGGUGGUGGAAUUUGGUCUUUCAUGUCAUAUCUAUUCGGGAGGCAGUGUGAAUGCUUAGUAGGAGAUCCCUGUGUGCCCCUUUCCUCCUCCUGCCUCUCCCAUUAACUUUAAUUUAUAUUCUGAGCAGUCAAAGCUGGUUCCUGAUUGUUUGUUUAACGUGGGGUUUGCUUUUCUGGCACAAUAACAAGUGGUUAGCUUAAAACAUGUGUUGUUUAGAAAUAUUUUGGCAGUUGAGGGGUUUUUUUUCAGGUGGCUGGGCAGAAGGAGGGAGAGGUGCACAUGAGCUGGAGGGGUGAGCCCGUGGCAGGACGGCUCUGAGGAGGGAGGAGAGACCUCUUCUGCCUUUUCCUUCUUUUUUGUUUUGUUGUUUUUUUAAAGGUUUUGCUUUUAUGGUACAAGAGGUAUUUCUUGAUCAUAGGCUAGAGUACUUUAAAUCAAAUGUCUGUCAGAGCUUAAACUGAACUUCUUUUGCUCAGAAUGUUGGUAUGUACAAAGUAGGAUUAAUGGGCUGGUUGUCUUGUAGAUUGUUUUUGUUCUUACCCUCCAGAUCCUUGUUUAUAAAUACGACUGGUGUGAAAUGAGGUUUUUGUUCAUGGUUCAGAGAAGUGCAGAGUCGUACCCAGCGUUUGUGACUCCUGCAUUCUACUUGUCAGCUGUAGCUUUUUAAAGGGAAACCACCCUGAUUGAUCUUACUUGCAACCAAAGUCCUGGUUUUAAUUUGGGACUAUUUUUGUUCUUUCUUCAUGGCAUAAUGGGGAAAAAAAGUAAAAUGUUGGCUCAUCGAUUGUCUUUAUCCCACUUCACAGAAAUGUGAACAAUGACUAUUUGGCAUUUUUAAAGCAAGCCCUGAUUUUUCCACAAUUGAAGUGCUUCACUCUUGUACUGAAUUGUUUUUUUGGUUGAGGUGAGUUUAGGUUUGUAACACUGUGGUGAACUUCAGGAGCAUGACUCUGGUCGUUGGUACAUGCGACGCAGGCUAAAAGGCACUGACGCUUGGGAAGGUGUUUCAAAGUGGUACACAAAUCCUCAUGCUGUACUGCACCACACAGCUGGUAAAUCCUCUCCAGCGUAUAUUGUACAACGCUUUGGCCGGGCCGCCUCACCUCCACCCUCCAACUCGCCGGUACAGUCUGUAUAACAAAGGAGCCACCUCAGGCCGUCUGGUGACGUGUACCCAAAUCUAGUUUGGGGUAGUAUUAGAACGUACACGUCACUAAAGCACCAAGAUCCUUUGUUUGUGACAACACGGUACCAAUCAGUUUACGCCGUGUCCAGUGACAGGAGAAACUGUUGCUACAGCAUUUAAAAGCACAGACCCUGGUUUUGAAUCUGGAAGAGACAGUUGGUACAGUUCCUUCUUGCUGCUAAACACCCACUAAUGAAAAGUACGACCACUCUUACAGACCACGAUACUGUCUCGCCAUGCAGCUUCUGUUUGGGCUCGUGGAUGGCUCAUGCAAUAGCAGACAGCUUUUUAUAGAGCUUUACAUCUUUUCUAAGAAAUGAGAAUUGGGACUAAGAGCUUUCUAAACACUCGAUGGGAAGGGAAAAGGUGGUUUUAAAGAAAUUUGUUACAUACUGAUUUCAUAUUAGAUCCCGGAGGCUGCCAUUGUACAAUAUACAGCACUGAUUUAAUAAAUGCUGAAUAAAGAAGUGAAUGGGUAACCUCAAGUGUAGUGGUACAAAUACUAAUAGGUACGGCAUAAUAAAUAUGCAAUCUUUUUGAAUCUCUUAGUUUACAGCAACUAAUUUAUUCAGUAUUGUGCUGGAAGAACAUUUUCAGAUGAUGUAAAACAUAUCACUAUAUAUACUACCUUCCAGCUACCCGUUUAUGCUGCUGUAUAGUACAAAAAUACCAAUGAUAGAACAAUGUUUGUCCUGUAAAUUUAAUUUGAUAUUGGACAGUUCUUGUCUGUACAAACUAAAACAUAUAUGGUUGAAACUGUUCAUUAUAUUUGCUAUUUCUGCUUCACAGAUCUGUUUUAAAGUUGAGCUGAUUGAUCUGGCUUUGUCUUCCAUUGUAAAUAUUGUUCUGUUGUUUUCUUUGUAAAACACAUCGCGUUUGCGGAUUUGGGAGACUGGCUUGAAGCUCUGUAUAGUGUUUAUAUUUAUCUGACUUGGCUUUCCCUAGAGCUACUUGCAGUAAAUACGUGUUCAUGUA